AUGGCAAAGAAACUAGCUGUUAUCACCGGUGCGACUGGCAACCAAGGUGGUUCCAUCGCUCGCGGGUUGCUCAAGUCUGGUGACUGGCAGAUCCGCGCAGUGACCAGGAAUCCGAGCGGAGAGAAGGCCCAGAAGCUUGCUGCGGAGGGCAUGGAGGUCGUUCAAGGAAGUUAUGACGAUGAAGAGUCCAUUAGGAAAGCCUUCACAGGCGCGCAAGCCAUCUUCGCCGUGACUCAGUGGUGGGAACCUUUCUUCAAAGGCGCCAGUCAGUCUGAGGCCGGUGAGAUCGAGAAGCGCGAUGGCAUCAUGCUCGCGAGAUUGGCCGCUGAAGUAAAGACAUUGGAGCAUUACAUUUGGAGCACACUUCCUGCGGCAGACGAAAUCACCAAAGGCAAAUUCCCUGUCCCUCACUUCGACUACAAAGCCAAGGUCGACGAUCACAUCCGGAAGAACAUGCCAGAGCUGGCGGCUAAGACCACCUUUCUCAUGUUUGGCUUCUAUCCGUCCAAUUUUGCUUUCUUCCCCAUGUUGAAGCCACAGCCAGUGGCCAGUGCGCCGGGGAAAUACGUUUGGAUGGUCCCGUCAACUCCAUCCACCGUUUACCCCAUGGCCGGUGACAUGGCCAAAGACCCAGGUGUUUGGGCGCGCCAAAUCUUGGCGAACCCCAAGUUGACGCAUGGUAAAUACGCCGGUGUCUGCACCGAGGUUCUGUCCCUUGGAGAGGCGCUCUCGCAGUGGGAAGAGGUCUCAGGCAAGAAAGGCGUAUACGUGGAGUGCAAGCCAGAAGUUAUCGGUAGUUUGUUUGGCCUGGCCGGACAAGAGGCUGUCACAGGUGUUGUGUUUGGUGAAGCAGUGACGGACUGGUUUGGGCAUGUUAAGGAACAGGGUCUUUUCAUUACUAAGGAGCAGUUGGGUAUAUCGCCCGAUGAGGUUUCCAACUUCAAGCAAGCUCUUGAGGCGGUAAAACCAUUCUUGGGCUGA